AUGGACGACCGCUUAUAUCUCGAAAAAGUGUUUCUAUUGAAGGCUGAAUUGAAACGAGCUUUGAGCAUGUUGGCACUAAAAGAGCAUUUUGAGUUUAGAGUUAAAAAGUCAUGUCAUGCUCGUUUUGAGGUUGGUUGUAAGGAUAAGGCAUGCAAGUUUGCUUUGCGUGCAACGAAGUUGCCUAAGGGAGAAUAUUGGCAUUUUCGGACGUUGCAUAAGAAAAUAAUGGAAGAGAUGAAUCGUAAGUGGGGAUUGCGAUGCCUAUAUGGUAAGGCCUGGCAAGCGAAGGAGUACGUAGAGAGUUUUGUGUUCGAUCCGCCGGAAGAGUCAUUCCAACUCCUCCUCUCAUAUUUCCAUAUGUUGGAACGUGAAAAUCUUGGUACUGUGACGUGUGUCACUAUUGAUAGGGAACAACAAUUCAAAUAUUGUUUCUGGGCGUUCGGGUCAUGUAUUCGGGGGUUCAGUGCUAUAAUGCGGCCUGUAGUUGCUAUUGAUGCCACACAUCUGAAAGGCAGAUUCAAGGGUAUUCUGUUUGUGGCGCAUCUUGGCAUUAAGAAUGUAGUUGAGAAAGUGUACAAAGACACUCAUCACGGUCUAUGCAAUUACCAUUUAGGGAAAAACGUUAAAAACAGGUUCAAGCACGAAGAUGUUGCAGUGAUUUUCACCAUGGCCGCCAACUACUAUAGGGCACGUGCACAGUCAUCAGUAAGGCGAUGCAAGCUAAUGACAUCCAAGACUGUGGAGUGUGUUAACUCCUGCUUGAGGCAUGCAAGAAAAAUGCCAAUAACAAUCUUGAUCGAGUGCAUUAGAGGCAUGUUUCAACGUUGGUUCCAUGAUCAGCACAAUGAGGCAUUGAAUUUGACCACGCCCCUCAACCCUUGGGCUACCGAUUUGUUGAACAGACGGUUCAAUGAAGCAUGUCACUUUUUCGUACAAGCAAUCGAUUGGGUGAAGUUUCAAGUUAUAGGCGAGAGUAAGGACAGAGUUGUGAACCUCUCCACCAAGGAGUGUUCGUGCGGUGAGUUCCAGUUCGAUCUACUCCCCUGCACUCAUGCCAUGGCGACAAUAAGUAAAUGCAAAUGUGCAGCAAUUGAAUUUUGCUCAGACUACUACAAGACUCCGUUUUGGGCGGAAGGAUAUGCAGUUCCCAUUCGCCUAGUUGGGCAUCCCAGUGAGUGGGACAUCCCCGAUGACGUUCAACAAAAUGUCGUUUUGCCACUAAGUUGGCUAAGUCAAGCGGGAAGACCUAGGAGGAAAAGGAUUCCAUCAGUUGGGGAAGGCAGCGGACGACGUAGAUGUUCACAAUGCAAGAACUAUGGUCAUAAUAGACAAAAUUACCGGACUCCGUUUGCAUCUCUACCGACAAACUGGGAAACAUCAUCUGCUUAG